AUAGAUACCUUUAUUUAAUUUAUAUUGAUAAAUUUUUAAAUUUUGAGACUUUUAAAAUGUGUUUUUCAAUAAUAGUAGUUAUUAGUGUAUACAAAUAUUAACAUGCAAACUUUUUUUUAAUCUUUAACUUUUUACGCUGUUUACAAAAUACCUUAGACAUAAAAUGCCUGAAGUUAUGAUAUCUGGUAUACCUGUAAGUUUUCCUUUUGAACCUUAUAAUGUACAAAAGGACUAUAUGGCCAAAGUCAUAGAGAGUCUUCAAAAUAACACCAAUGCUCUCUUAGAAUCACCGACUGGAACGGGUAAAACGUUAAGUUUAUUAUGUUCUUCAAUUGCAUGGCUUUUAGUCAAAAAAGCUCAGUUGCAAAUGAAUGCACAACUGGGUAAUUUUGGUGAGCACAGUGGUAUGGCCACUAUGAAAGAAAAUCUUAAAACUAGUGCAGGUAAAGGUAAAGACAACACAUCAUGGGGAAUGCCAAAAAUUAUUUAUUCCUCACGGACUCAUUCACAGCUCUCUCAAGCUAUGCAAGAAUUAAAAAGAUCUAGUUAUAAACAUGUCAAAGUUGCUGUAUUGGGGUCUAGAGAUCAAAUGUGUAUCCAUCCAGAGGUGUCCAAAGAAUCAAACAAUAUGAAUAAGGUUCAUAUGUGUCAGUUGAAAGUAAAGUCUAGAACAUGCCAUUUCUAUAACAACAUUGAGUCUAAAAAAGAGGACCGCUCUGUAAGAGGGGAUGAUAUUUUGGACAUUGAAGAUUUAGUUACUGUUGGUAAGAAAUUAAAAUGUUGUCCAUACUAUUUAUCAAAAGAAUUAAAGCAGGACGCUGAUAUAAUUUUCAUGCCAUAUAAUUAUAUAUUAGAUCCAAAGUCCAGAAAAGCAAAUGGGGUUGAGUUAAUGAAUAAUGUUGUGAUACUGGAUGAAGCACAUAAUGUAGAGAAAAUGUGUGAAGAGUCUGCUUCAUUGCAACUCAGAACAACUGAUGUGGCUCUGUGUAUUGAUGAGAUAACACAUGUAAUGAGAUCAUUCAGUGACAAUACUGAAGAAAACUUAGACAUUACUAUGGAUACUAAUCAACCUAAAGAUUUUUCAUGUGAUGACUUAUGUGUGUUGAAGGAAAUGAUGCUUGAAUUAGAAAAGGCUAUAGAUACCAUUGAGGUUGCAUCUGAAGGAUCAACUUUUCCUGGAGGUUUUAUAUUUGAACUGCUAGCCAAAGCUGAGAUUAGAGACCAUAAUCAACUAUCAGUCAUCACUUUAAUAGAUAAUCUUAUCCAAUACCUCUCAACAGCUAGUGCAUCCCCAUUCCAACGGAAAGGUGUGGGAUUACAAAAGAUUGUAGAUUUAUUAAAUGUGGUAUUUAGCGGAACAACUCAUUCAUAUAAAGAGAGAGUUAAGAUGUGCUAUAAAGUUCACAUUCAUAUAGAGGAUAAGAAAAAUAGUAAAAAGUCAGAUGGUUGGGGAUCUUUGAAGACAGCCACAUCAAAGACAGCUGAAAGGGUUCUUAGUUACUGGUGUUUUAGCCCUGGUUUUGGUAUGAAACAAUUGGUAGACCAAAAUGUUAGAACUAUUAUUUUAACCAGUGGUACAUUAUCCCCUUUAAAGCCAUUAAAGUCUGAAUUGGGUAUUCCAAUUGGUGUGCAGUUAGAAAACCCACAUAUUGUUAAGUCUACUCAAAUAUGUGUCAAAAUUAUUGGGCAAGGCCCAGAUGGUGUUCCACUUAAUUCAAAUUAUCAAAAUAGAGAUAAUCCAAAAUAUAUUACUUCCUUGGGCAGGACCAUUCUCAGUUUUUCUCGUGUUGUGCCUGAUGGCUUGCUGGUAUUCUUUCCCUCAUAUCCAAUCAUGACAAAGUGUCAAGAAAUGUGGCAAGCGGAGGGUAUAUGGUCAAACAUAGGCAAUAUAAAGCCAAUAUUUGUAGAGCCACAGCGUAAAGAUACAUUUAAUUCAAUAAUCAAUGACUUCUAUAGUAAAAUAAGAGAUCCAAGCACUAGAGGAGCUUGUUUUAUGGCUGUUUGUAGAGGAAAGGUAUCUGAGGGCUUAGAUUUUGCUGACACAAAUGGAAGAGCUGUUAUAAUUACUGGAUUACCCUUUCCGCCUCUUAAAGAUCCCAGAAUAAUAUUAAAGAAAAAGUAUUUAGAAGAAUUGAGAGAGAAGGAUAAGGAUUUUUUAUCAGGUGACGAGUGGUAUUCACUGGAAGCUACAAGGGCAGUAAAUCAGGCCAUUGGCAGAGUUAUACGGCAUCAGAAUGAUUAUGGGGCUAUUUUACUUUGUGAUUCCAGAUUCAAUAGCCCUAAAUUAAAAAAUCAAUUGUCAGCUUGGUUGAGGGAUUAUAUAAGCGUGUCUAAUAAAUUUGGUGAAACUGUAAGUGAAAUUUGUAGGUUUUUCAAAAAUGCAGAGAGUACACUUCCAUCACCUAAAUUAAAGCCUGCAUUACCUCAUGAAUCAAAUACAACAUAUAGAGAUGACAAAUAUAAUUCAAGUGCAUCAUUUUCUCAAGUAAAUAUCCGAACUAUUUCAAAACAAAUCACCAGUAAACAGUCUGUUAGCCAAUAUCCAAACUCUAAUGAAGUCUACGCUGACUUUUCAAUGGAUUUUUAUAAGAAUGCACAAUCAUCUACUUAUUUAAAUGAAUUUAAACCCAAAGAAGUUAAAGAUUUAUUCAGUGCUCUCGAUUGUAGCACAGAACCUUCACAAGAAUCACAUUCCAUUGUUACAACACAGAAGAGAAGUGCUGAGGAACCUCAGGUUUCAUUAACUAAGAAAAAAAAGCUAAAAAUUAAAUCUUUUGGAUUUGAGGAGAACCUCCAUUGUUCUGAUGUGGUUACUAAAGCAGCUCCAGACUCUCUUGUAGACUUUGUCAAAGAGAUAAAAUCUCUACUUUCUCCAGAACAGUACAAAAAUUUCCAACUCUCAAUAUCAGCAUAUAAAAAAGAUGGUGACUAUGCCAUAUUUGUAAACAACUUAGUAACCCUGUUAGAAAACAGGAAGCUUUUUUAUUUAUUCAAAGGUAUGAAAAGAUUUUUGAAAGAAAAUCACAAGAAACAAUUUCAGGAAUAUUGUGAAAAAUCUCAAUAUCAAAGCUGACAUUAAUUGUCUAUGUAACCAAAAUUUUAAAUAAUAGUAUAAUUUUAGGAUAAUUAUAAAGGCAUUGAAUUUUAAAUUAUGUAAUUAUGACUAAUUUGAUUUUAAUAUUUUUAUUUAUUGUUAGAAUAUGAAAUAA